AGAGAGAGGGAUCAAGAGYGAGAGAAAGAGGGAGGGAAAAAGAGAGUGACAGACAGGGAGGAAGAGAGAAAAAGACGGGGCACUGUAAACUACAGGAAGCCCCAGUGUCAAACAAACAGGGGACUAGAAGAGCUCCAGUCCAGAACCAGCCACCAGCCUCCAGUCUCCAUUGACUUCAGGGAGUCGCAGCGCCUGCUGGACAGCAUGUCGGCGAGCCCUGGGCCUCGUGACUCAGACCGACUGCUGUUGGAACUCCAGGCCCCAGGGCCGGUGGGACUGCAGACACUGUUGGACCUGCUAGUGGGGGUGUACCAAGAGUUCCACUCGUCACCCCUUGCCAGGGAGAAGUACGUUGCGGGCUUCCUGCAAUGGGUGGAGCCCCUGGUGAGGCAGGUGAAGAAGACGCGCAUCAAGAGGGAUGACUUCCACAUCUUGAAGGUGAUUGGUCGAGGGACCUUCAGUGAGGUGGCUGUAGCGAGGAUGCGUAGCACACAACAAGUGUACGCCCUGAAGAUUAUGAAUAAGUGGGACAUGCUGAAGCGAGGAGAGACAGCGUGUUACCAAGAGGAGAGAGAGGUUCUGCUGAAGGGUGAUCGACGUUGGAUCACCGAGCUGCACUACGCCUUCCAGGAUGACAAUUACCUGUACCUGGUGAUGGACUACUACGUGGGUGGUGACCUGUUGACCCUGCUCAGUAAGUUUGGCGACCGUAUCCCUGAGGACAUGGCGCAGUUCUACCUGGCUGAGAUGGUCUUGGCCAUUGACUCCAUCCACAGGAUGGGCUAUGUGCACAGGGACAUCAAACCUGACAACAUCCUGCUGACGGCAGAGGGCCACAUCAGGCUGGGGGACUUUGGUUCCUGUCUGAGGGUCCAGGAGGACGGCAUGGUGCACUCGUCCUUGGCAGUAGGCACACCCGACUACCUGUCCCCAGAGAUCCUGCGUGCGGUGGAGGGAGGGGGAGGCUAUGGCCCUGAGUGUGACUGGUGGGCCCUGGGGGUCUGUGCCUACGAGAUGCUGCAGGGGACCACACCCUUCUACGCAGAGUCCAUCUCGGAGACCUAUGCCAAGAUCAUGAACUUCCAGGAGCACUUUGACUUCCCCCCGUCUGGCCCCGAGGUUUCAAACAUGGCCCGUUCCCUCAUCAUGGGGCUGAUCUGUGAGAGGGAGGAUCGUAUGGGGGCUGGGGGCUCWGGGGACUUCAGGGGCCACCCUUUCUUCUGUGGACUAGAUUGGGGCUCCCUGCAUGAACUUCCAGCACCCUURGAACCUGAAGUCUCCAACGCCACUGACACCUCGAACUUUGACGUGUUGGACGACUGCCUCAGUGAAAUGGAAACACUGAGUGACGUGAUGGACAGGGCCCCUAUCGGUGUUCACCUGGCUUUCGUUGGCUACUCCUACACAGCUACAAGACAGACAGGUGCCUUGGACCGCAGUUGUGACAUCAUGAUGGAGAUUGACCACCAGCGGCAUCAAGGGUUGCCAAGCCUCAAUUUCCAGGACAAGCUGAGUCAGAUGUGGCAGCUCAGAGARGRRCUGACKWCYKCUGACAYCCUGCCUGCCCUGCUUGAGCUCCCCCUAGCCUUGGAGCAGGGUARUGCAGWGUCCACUCACACCACGAUAGAGGAGGACGAGGAGGAGACAGACCAGAAUUCAGGACUUGAUGAGGACCUGCACAGACGGCUACAUGAGGCAGAGAAGAGGAAUGGAGAGCUGGAGAAAGAGAUGGAGAGUCUAAGGGUGGAGAUCGGGGGCCUGAAGUCCUCCAAGGAGACAGAACUGCGUGUCUGCCCGUCGUCUCUUUCUCUGCCUGCCCACUGUCUGGACAAUGCGAGUGCGGCAUGCUGUGCUGUGCUGUGCUGUGACUCGCACACAAAAAAAGACUGCAUCUGUACCCUGGCCUGCAAUCCUGUUCAGUGGCUGACUGUGAGUGUGUUUCAGGGGAAAAGAUCACCCCCUGCCUGUCACUACCCGCUGGUGAUCCCUCUCCACCGCCACCUGCUGCUGUUCCACAGGGUGCGCUGGCCACAGGAGAGGACUGAGUCCUACCUGUUGGUGUGUGCGGAGGGGGGAGAUCUCCAAGCCUGGGACAGACACUGCUGUGCUGAAAUCUCCUGAACCCCCCACCCCACCACCCCCACCCUCACUAUAGUGGGGAAUGACAGACUUCUCUAUUCCAACGAGGGGUCCUAUUACAGUAUCUUGGAAUGAGAGAGUUUUGAGUAUGGUGGGUGGGUGCUAAAGACAAUGCUACUCAUGGCACUGAGCAGAGUACUGGGCCAUAAAUAAACUGAGAGCAAUGGGGACAGCAGAACUGGAAACUUGCAGGCAGUUGGACAGACAUGGGAAAGCUAAUGACUGUCACUAGAAGGAAUGAGGAGAUGUAAAUAAUCAAAUGAAGGACAUCUCCUGAKCUACCAAUCGGACAGAGGUAAAAGRGAACACUGKAAACAYAGAAAACARCAUAGGAAAAAGACAUUGCUGGUUUGAGUGACAGCCAGAGGGGCCAAUCAGCCUCCUCCAUAAGCCAACACUCUCCWGCCCACCUGGACAUUGAUGCAUUUUGCCCAAUAUUAGUGGCAUGACUUAUUAACAGCACCAUCUAAUGGUUA